AUGCCCGUGGUGGGGCGAGCGCGAGCGCGACCGCUCGAGGCGUUGCCGCAGAGCGCGCUGUGCGGCGAGAGCGUCGAGGCGUUGCGUCGAGCGAUCGAAUCGCGCGUCGAGUCCAGCGACGACGGUGAAGAUGGUGAUGUGCUCGCCAUCGUCUCCGCUCGAGCGGAACGGAGCGGGAAGGCGGCGCUGCAUUUGGCCGCGUGGCGCGGGGACUUGAAAGUCGUCGAGGCGCUCGUGGAGGAAUACGGCGCGGACGUCGAUCAAAUCUCCACCGGGAGACACAAUUACGGGAAGACGCCGAUUUUCUAUGCCCUGACGCGGUGUCGAGACGAUGUCGUGAUGUAUCUUCUGAGUCGGAAGUGCAAGGUGAAGAUUAUAAAUAACAAGGGACAGAGCCCGUAUUCCUUGGCGGUGAGUCACUGCGCGCGGGAGACUAUCGAGGCGAUCGCGGAGGCGGAGAAACUGGAGACGACGUGGUGGAAUUUCAGAUUGACGCACAGUGAUGGACUCAAGUACGGGGAUCUGGACGAGCGAUUCUUCCCGGAGGCUGCGAGAGAGCCGGGACGAGGCGUGAGCACGGUUGAAUCGAGAAGGCGGAACUUUAAAAAGCUAAACAAGGGAGUGAGUUGGGACAACCCCGACGGCGUCGAUCUCCAAGCGCGAAAAAAGGCAGAGCUACGAGCAAAACGCGAGCGCGAGGCCGAGGAGGCGUGGCUGGAGUUCGGGGAAUUCUUUGGUAAUCGAGCAAGACACGACGCCGAUGUCGUCGAGAUGUGCGGACGAAUCCUUCGAGCGGAGACUGCCAUCGCGGCGAACGGGCAGAAACCAGACAUCACCGCUCGCGCCACUGAAGUACUUUCACGCGUUGCUAAAGGUGAUGAUGAUUUUCGCGCGCUUCGCGCGCUCGUGGGAGCGCGUCUGUCCGAUAGCGGCACGUCGGAUCGUACACACGCGCGCGCUGAGAAGGCACGAAGAACUGUGAGCAAGAUUUUGGCCACGGCGGUCGCUAGUUCCAUGUCUAACGGCGCUUGGUCGAUUUCGCCGAGUUUACUGUUUGAGUUUUGCGGUUCGGCGAUGACGUACGGAAUCGUGCGCCGGGCGCUGCGCCAUGGAGAGUCGGUGCCGACACGCGAGCAACUGGCGCAAGCAAUUGUUCGUGCUUGCGAAGAGAUUAACCACCGAGAGCUGAACGACGUCUUGAACCUCGAAGAGAUUAACGUUUCAUCAGCCAUACAGUUAGCAGAGGUUAGUGAAAGUGUCAGGGGACUAGCAUCGAACAUGUGCAAACGCAUUGAUGCAAGUGAUCCGUCAUCAAUUGCACACGUUGCGGUCAACUUGGCCGAUUUAGGAGCGCGCGUGGAGUCGUGGCAAAAACCUUUAUUCGCCGGUCUGAGCGCAGUCGCGUCAUCUCUCGAUGACAGCGUCAUAGCCAAGGUCGCUCGCCGUUUCGCCGAUGCUUGGGAGAUCGAUGUCACCGAAAUGGCGAGCGAAGACAUUGUCUCGUGCAUCGAAGCAUUUGUGCUCGAGGAUUUGUUGGAGCGCGGUGAUUGGUUGGAGGCAAAAGCCUAUGCGUCAACGCGACCGAGACUUCGCGAUGUAUUCUCGGCGCGUGCUCCCGAUGACGUAAAUCGUAUCAACGCCAGUUUGGAGAGCGUAUCCAUCGCCACGGAGCUACCGAUCAUGCGUCCAAAAAAGCGCGUUGUGCUCAUCGAAGACGCAGGCGCAUUGGCUCAAGUUAGAGAAGUCAUUUUGUCGGCAUCGUGCGAAGCGUUUUCGUUCGACUGCGAGUGGCGAGAUCCGAGGCCGCUCUCGACAUUACAAAUUUCUCCCGCGCACACUCGCGAGACAUUCAUCAUCGACGCUCUACGAGUCGGGAAAGAUGCGUUUUCCCAGUUUCUCAUUGCCGUUUUCGGCGACUUCAGCGUUCGGAAAAUUGGUUUCGCUGCGGAGCAGGAUUGGAGAAGAAUUCGUAUCUCGGCCGGAAACGCAGCUCUACCGGCGUCGUACUGCAACGCCAACGUCAUCGAUUUACAGGGCGUAGAAUUGGUUUCCUUGGCGUCCGUCGUCGCCGACACCUUGGGCUUUGCUCUCGACAAACGGUGUCAACGAAGUAAUUGGGACGCCCGGCCACUGUCGCAGCAACAGCUCUUUUACGCCGCCCUCGACGCCGAGGUGCUUCUAGAUAUUGCAUUUCGUCGGGGUAUUAUUUCUCCUAGACCAUUCGCGGAGUCUUCAUCGCACCCAGACGCUCACCUGUACUCGAGCGAUGCGGUGCUGUUCGCCGACGGCGCGCCGAGCUACGGUGUCAAUUUGCACGCCGACGACGCACGGCUAUUCGCCGACGACGCCCGUACUUUCGGCGCCGAUCUCUGGGAGAGCGACCGUUUACUCUUCACCAGCCCCGAACGCGUGGAACAAGAACGCAAGACAGCCAUCUUACGCGAGCUCGAACGAACUGCCACUGCGAGCGCCUCUGUCGGGUGCGCGUGCGCUGUAUGUCUGAAUGACAUUCACGUCGACGAAAAAGUCAUCCGGACCAAGUGUUCGCACGUAUAUCACGCUACGUGCUUACUCACAGCACUGAAAACGACGUCUCUGUGCUGUCCGAUGUGCCGAUCGCCCGUCAUCUAG